CACGUUCUGACCAGCUGUAUUCAAAUGUGCCAAAUGAAACCAAAAUGCAUAAACUUCUACAUAUUAGCUCUCAGUCUAUUACAAGGGAAAUUACAUGUAUCCGGUUUGGCAUCACCCCCAGCUGCUUAAGAUAAACAAGUUGACAAACGUACUUUACGUGAGGCUGUGGAAACUGGCUGAAGAAGGGACGAGAGUGCGGUUAAAGUGCUGGUUAAUUGCCGCGCAGCUGGGGGAGGGGAACCGGUUUGAUAAAGCGGACUGGGGGGGUUGAACCAGGGACGGCUUCUUUCCAGUAAAGGGGGGCAUCGCUGACUGCACUGUGGGCUCUUCCUGUUAAUCCCAGAUCGGACCAUAUAAACAGGUAUAACGCGGAGAGGACGUUCAAUCAAUCCACGCCGCAAACCUUGGAUUAGGAUAAUACACUCUACUCCAUCAAAAAUGAAGGCAGAUAUCAUCUGGAUUUACAAACUUUUCUUGUGUGUUGUGCUCGCUGUGAAUUCAGAGUGCAGGAAGCAGUUGUUACAGCAGUACCAGAAGAGUGAGGACACCAGGCUGCUGUGUCCAGAUUGCCCCCAGCCCUCCAUGGUCAAGAACAGCCGCUCGCUGGAGCACUGUGCUCGCAAGUGCAGCAAGAACAAGAAAACCUUCACCUGCAGGGCAUUCUACUUUGACCAUCAAAACAGGAAAUGCCACUUGCUUCCCUUUGACCGCUUCAUGGACAGUGCUCACAGGGAACACAGGGUGAACUUUGACCUUUAUGAGAAAAAAGAUUAUGUGAGGGAGUGUAUCAUCGGUUCCGGGGUGAACUACAAAGGCAGGAGAGCGGUAACCAAGGCCAAGAUUCCCUGUCAGUCAUGGACUGAAUCCUUCCCUCACGAACACACCUUUCAGCCGGCGAGACUAGGCAAGAAGGACCUGAACGGGAACUUCUGCCGUAACCCCAAGAACGAGAGCAGUGGGCCCUGGUGUUUCACUACAGACCCAGAGGUCAGGCACCAAGAGUGUGGCCUUCCUCAGUGCUCCCAAGUGGAGUGUAUGAGGUGUAACGGGGAAGACUACAAAGGGCCGAUGGAUCACACAGAGAGUGGGAAGGAGUGUCAGAGAUGGGAUUCAUCCAAGCCCCACAGACACCCCUACCAACCUAAAAAGUACCCUGAUAAAGGGCUGAAUGACAACUACUGUCGGAAUCCGGACAACCGUUUGCGUCCGUGGUGUUACACCAUGGACCCACAAACACCCUGGGAGUACUGCAACAUCAGUGUGUGUGACCCAGGUAAUGACUCUGAUGUGGAUGCUACAUCGUCGUGUUUCAGGGAGCAGGGACAGAGUUACCAUGGUACUGUGAGCGUCACCCCAUCGGGCGUCACAUGUCAACGCUGGGACUCCCAGUUCCCCCAUAACCACACCUACAGCCCGCAGAACUACAAGUGCAAAGACCUGAGAGAGAACUACUGUCGGAACCCAGAUGGUGCAGAGAUCCCAUGGUGCUUCACUACAGAUCCUAACCAGAGACGAGCCUUCUGCACCCAUAUACCCCGGUGUGAGACAGAGAACAUCGACACAGAAGAUUGUUAUGAGGACAAUGGAGGGAAUUACACAGGCAAUUUAUCCAAGACCAGAUCAGGAAUUCCCUGCGGACUCUGGGCAAAUCAUAGCAACAGUGGAGAAUCCAGUGUGGGUCUGGAGAGGAACCUGUGCAGGAAUCCAGACCAGGAUAAGCACGGUCCCUGGUGUCACACUACAGACCCCUCUAUCCCAUGGGACUACUGCAAGCUCAAACGCUGUGAUAAGUCUCCGAACAUCUCUGCCCACCCAAGAAGCAUCUCUCUCGUGUCUAAGACAUCCUGCUUCAUUCACAAGACCACCCGGAUCGUUGGAGGGGCCCAGGUCCACAAGGCUAAGGAUGGUAGCUGGGUUGUCAGCAUCCAGAAAGGGAACACUCACUGGUGCGGGGGCUCGCUGAUCCGAGAGGAAUGGGUGCUGACGGAUCAACAGUGCUUCUCCUCCUGUGUUCCAGACCUGAGUGAGUACAGUGUACAGGUGGGCCUCCUUCACCUCAACUCGUCCUUGGACCACCCCCGGCUCCGCAUCGCACACGUGGUCUGUGGCCCGGAGGGAUCCAACCUGGCCCUGCUCAAACUGGCCAAGCCUGCCCCUCUCUCUGAGCAUGCCUUCACCAUCCAGCUCCCAGUAGCAGGCUGUGGGGUCACAGACGGAACCAACUGUCUCAUGUACGGCUGGGGAGAGACCAAAGGGACAGGAUAUGAGGGGGCACUGAAAGCUGUGAGUCUGCCCAUGGUCAGUAACGACUGGUGUUCUGAGCUCCACAACAAAACCCUGCCUGUCACCGACAGCAAAGUGUGUGCCGGGGGCAGGAAAGACCAGGGAGUGUGUGAGAGAGACUACGGUGGCCCAUUGGUGUGUCAGGAGCGAGAGAGCAAAGUCAUUGUGGGCGUGAGCAUCCACGGCCGGGGCUGUGCCCUGGCCCGGCGGCCCGCCAUCUUCGUCAAUGUGGCCUACUACUCGGGGUGGAUCCACAAAGUCUUCAUACACUACUCCAGGUUGGAGGAAAAACUACUGGAAGAAGCACAGACCAAACCGCUCCAUUCAGGACUGUACCACUAGCCUGCAAGAGGAUGGGUGGAGCAUUCAGGACUGUACCACUAGCCUGCAAGAGGAGGGGUGGAGCAUUCAGGACUGACCACAAGCCUGGAGGAUGGAGAAUGAUCUCUCCAACAGAGGAUGCCUAACUAACAAGACGGUUGGGAGAUGUAAGAAUGAGGAAACUGACUUUAUGGGAAGUAGCCAUGUUAGGGCUUCGUGGCUGGAUGUCGCCUCAGUUUUGGGAGGGGAAAAACACCAUGAAUGGAAGAGAUAUUUUGGGAUGUUCAGAGGCUGGGAAUACAAUGACAUGUUCAGAGAGGCUGAAAAGGAUAUGAAGGAUUCUUAUAAUAUGCAAAUUGAUUAAUGCAGGACCAGGUUGUUAAGCUUUGAUCACACUGAUAGCGUCAAUACGCAAAGUAGUACCUAGCAUCAUUUGGAUUGUGUGCAAGAAAAGUUCAACAUUCACCUUCUGCUACCAUUUCUGUCAAGCUGUCUAUGCGUACGAUGUGAUGCAUACCUUGAUAAAUCCAAGGUAUGCACCACACAGAACACACUGCAACUGCCUCUGCAACGCAAUGCUGCAAGGCAAACGCAGCGUUCCAUUGGAAAUGAAUGUAUUUCUGGUGUACCAAAAUGUAUUGACGCUGUCUUUGUGAUUGAGGCAUUAGCUUUAAUAGCAUUUCUAAACAAUAGUUUCUAGGACAUGGAAAGCUUAUUUUUUGGGGUGAAAUAUAUGAAUACUCUUAAGCCAUAAAGAGGGGUGAAUUGAUUCGUUCUCCCACUCCGCCCACAAGACAAUAGGAAUGGUAUGGAUGACUCAGUAUUGUCUCCUGGAAAAUACUUGAAUUUGAUCAGAACCAAAACCAGAGCCAUGCGAGGAGAGAUCCAGACAGGACUUGGUACGGUCCGUGGCUACUGGGUCACGUUGAGGGCACAUGAUGUAAUGGCUAGAAGUUCAGUUAUUCAGAAGUUACCACUUGGUGAAUGGUGAGAGUUAAAACCUGUCUAGAAACGACCUCUAGCUCAUAGCCGUAAGCUCAUAGCCCUACUCCCUAGGUGCUGGUGUAGAGCAGUGUAUACCAACUCCAGUCCUCCAGUACCCCCAACACCUCAACUCCAGUCCUCCAGUGCCCCCAACACCCCAACUCCAGUCCUCCAGUGCCCCCAACAGCACACAUUUCUGUUGUGGCCCUGGACAAGCACACCUGAUUAAAUUUUUCAGCUAAUCAUCAAGCCCACCUCGAGUUGAAUCAGGAUUGUCCAGGGUUACAACAAAAAUGUGUGCUGUUGGGGAUACUUGAGGACUGGAGUUGGUAUACACUGCUCUACACCAGUACCUGGGGAGUAGGGCUAUUAGCUUGCGGCUAUGAGCAAAAGGUUCUUUCUAGACAGCUCACCAUUCACCAAGUGGUUGUUUUUGGAAAGACUGUUCAGUAACUAUUACCUAACUAAUGCUAAUGCUAACAGUUACUUAGCCAAAUGUUAGCAGUUAGCCUACAUGGCUAACAUGUCUCCAGUUUUUGAGGGAACUCUACACUAGCCCCUGGUGGGCUGCGUGUGCGUUAUGUGGUCAGAGUACACAUUUAGAUGUUUCUUAUUGAGUGUAUUUCUGGCACUCUGUGUUAUUUAAUAGGUCUUAUAGAUCUGGGCCUUUCCUUGGCUCACUCACACCAGACGUCAGUGGAGAUGCUUCCUCUCUGCACUGUGUUUUCUAUUUAAACGGAUUAGAACGUAGUGUGCAGUCUAUUUAUUUAUUUGUAUACAUCUGGCCCUCGUGAGAGGGCGCCAGCGAUUGACGUCGACAAAGCAACACGUCUCGCUAAUAGAAAAGGUGAAGAUUAUGGCGGCUUUUUAUUUGAUACAUGUUCUAAACUCAGUGUGUCAAUCAUUAUUAUUGGAGGUACACUGAAUGGCCAUACGGAUUACAUGAAACGUAGGGGUUGUGUUCCAAAACAUACCACAUGAAACGUAUGGGUUGUGUUCCAAAACAUACCACAUGAAACGUAUGGGUUGUGUUCCAAAACAUACCACAUGAAACGUAUGGGUUGUGUUCCAAAACAUACCACAUGAAACGUAGGGGUUGUGUUCCAAAACAUACCACAUGAAACGUAUGGGUUGUGUUCCAAAACAUACCACAUGAAACGUAGGGGUUGUGUUCCAAAACAUACCACAUGAAACGUAUGGGUUGUGUUCCAAAACAUACCACAUGAAAUGUAGGGGUUGUGUUCCAAAACAUACCACAUGAAACGUAUGGGUUGUGUUCCAAAACAUACCACUUUGUCAGUCAUUUGUCUUUUAACAAUACUGACAUGCAGUAAGUGUAAUGACAUAGGGGAAUGUAAUAAUAGCUUUCUUUCAGUGCUGAAAACCAGUCAUGACAUAAUUUUUAUAAUCACAGAAAGCAGAUGUGUCUGUAUGACUAAUGAUCUCUUCAAACUGGGCCCCUAAGAAGACUUAGAAUUUCACCCAAUUUCUAUAUCCUAAAAUAUUCAGUGUGUUAGUUUAACCUAUGUCACAGUAUUUGACCUGUUCAGUGCCUUUUUUAGGUGGACAGGAAUCAAUAGUGUACAAUAGAAUUGGCGCAGAGAUCUGUGAGUGUAUUUUACUGUUAUGUAAAUAGGAUGUAAAGUAGUGUGUGUAAAAAAAAAACAAUUUUCCACUUCCAAUGUCUUAUUUACAUAGUUUUUAUACUAUAUAUGGUGACUCUGUUCAUAAACUUGUAUACUGUAAACUCUAUAACAGCUGCUAUUUUUAAAGGGUCGGGUUGGGUCUUAAUAUUAUAUACUAUAAGAUUUUGUUAUAUUCACGUUUUAAUAUUACAUUUACAGUGUAAAUUACAGCUUGUUUCACUCUUUUCGUCUGUCUGUCUGUCUGUCUGUCUGUCUGUCUGUCUGUCUGUCUGUCUGUCUGUCUGUCUGUCUGUCUGUCUGUCUGUCUGUCUGUCUGUCUGUCUGUCUGUCUGUCUGUCACUCUCCUAAAGUAAACCUUCAGACAAAGAUUCUUGCAGCAAUACAGUUUUCUGCAACGCAUACCCUCUGAGCACAAUUCAAGAUAUUCUGGGUCAAGUUCUUACUCUGGGUAUUAUUUUCCCACUUUCCAUGUCAAUCAUAUCAAUAAGACCUCAGUCUAUGGGUUUUGGAUGGCCACCGUCCACCAUGACCCAGUUCCUGACCAGAGGAUGGGCGGCAACGUUCGGUUAACGCUUACAUAACGUUUGGGCAGCGCUAGAGAUGUUCAGUUCACGCUUAGACAGCAAUUGGGCAACACUAGACACCGUGGCAUGCUUCCUCCGUCAUGUGGGGUUCUCAUUUGAUACAUGACCCCUCGGUGCUGAGGAGAAAAUGGCCGACCUGUCAGCGCUGACCUCAGCCUCAUCCGCGGUGGCUUGUCACGAACCAACCCCAAGGCUUUGUGCCUCAUCGUAACGGGACGUGAAAUAGCUUUUUCCCCGCUUUUGCCGGACUAACAGCCCAACAGUCAAUAGGUCACGUCUGGUGCUUCUGGGAAAUAAAUCCAUUUAAAAGAUUUGUCUGUUGGGUAAAUUCACAGUGGUGUGAAGUACAUGAAAUUACUACUUAAGUUGUUUUUGGGGGUAUCUUUACUUUAUUUUUUUGACAACUUUACUUCACUACAUUCUAAAGAAAAUAAUGUACGUUUUACGCCAUACAUUUUCAGAUUACGGUAUGAAUGACACCCAAAAGUACUUGUUACAUUUUGAAUGCUUAGCAGGACAGGAAAAUGGUCUAAUUCAUGUCCUUUUCUAGAGCACAUCCCUGGUCAUCCCUGCUGCCUCAGAUCUGGAGGACUAAACUCACAUGCUUCGUUCGUAAAUGAUGUUGGAGUGUGCCACUGGCUAUCCGUAAAUAAAUAAAAAUACCAGAAAAUGGG